UUGCGGCGGGGGGCGGGGGAUGACGGACACGCUGUGUUACCCAGCAGCCCCUUGGGCUCUGCUCUGCCUCACCAUCCCUGCCCGGCUCUCAUGGCCGCUACCCCGCCUGGGGACCAAACUACUACUUGUUAUCAGGAGUCUGAGUAAAACUCAGUGUGGAACCUCCUGUGAAGAUGGAGGGCCCUUUGUCGGUGUUCGGGGACCGCACCACCGGGGAGGCUAUCCGCUCCCAGAACGUUAUGGCUGCAGCUUCUAUUGCAAAUAUAGUAAAGAGUUCUCUUGGUCCAGUUCGAUUGGAUAAAAUGUUGGUGGACGAUACUGGUGAUGUAACCAUUAGUAAUGAUGGUGCCACCAUCCUGAAGUUACUGGAAGUAGAACAUCCUGCAGCUAAAGUCCUUUGUGAGCUGGCUGAUCUUCAAGACAAAGAAGUUGGAGAUGGAACUACUUCAGUGAUCUUGCCAUGUAGGCUGGCUUGGAACUCACUAUGUAUUGCCCAGGCUGGCCUGAUCCUCCUGCCUCAGCCAAGUGCUAAGAUUCCAGGCACGUGCUGCCAGACCUGGCAAAGUCCUUUUGAAUUGCCCUUGGUCUUCCUGUGUACCCUCUGUUCACAGUCUGUUAUUAUCCUUAAUUGUUGGUACAGAAACGGUGAUUUCUUUUCUAACAUGGUAGUAGAUGCUGUGCUUGCUGUUAAAUACACUGAUUCAAGAGGCCAGCCUCGCUACCCGGUCAAUUCUGUGAAUGUUCUGAAAGCCCACGGGCGAAGCCAGACAGAAAGCAUGCUGAUCAAUGGCUAUGCACUCAACUGUGUGGUGGGAUCUCAGGGCAUGCCCAAGAGAAUCGUUAAUGCGAAAAUUGCUUGCCUUGACUUCAGCCUGCAGAAGACAAAAAUGAAGCUUGGUGUGCAGGUGCUUAUUAUAGAUCCUGAGAAACUGGACCAAAUUAGACAGAGAGAAUCAGAUAUCACAAAGGAGAGAAUUCAGAAGAUCCUGGCAACUGGUGCCAAUGUUAUUCUAACCACUGGUGGAAUUGAUGACAUGUGUCUGAAGUAUUUCGUGGAGUCGGGUGGGAUGGCAGUUAGAAGAGUCUUAAAAAGGGACCUUAAGCGCAUUGCUAAAGCUUCUGGAGCAACUGUCCUGUCUACCUUGGCCAAUUUGGAAGGUGAAGAAACUUUUGAAGCUACAGUGUUGGGACAAGCAGAAGAGGUGGUACAGAAGAGAAUCUGUGAUGAUGAACUAAUCUUAAUCAGAAAUACAAAGGCCCGAACAUCUGCAUCAAUUAUCUUAUGUGGGGCUAAUGAUUUCAUGUGUGAUGAGAUGGAGCGCUCUUUACAUGAUGCACUUUGCGUGGUGAAGAGAGUUUUGGAGUCCAAAUCUGUGGUUCCCGGUGGGGGUGCCGUAGAAGCAGCCCUUUCCAUAUACCUUGAAAACUACACCACCAGCAUGGGAUCUCGGGAGCAGCUUGCUAUUGCAGAGUUUGCAAGAUCUCUUCUUGUCAUUCCUAACACACUGGCAGUGAACGCUGCUGAAGACUCCACAGAUCUGGUUGCAAAGUUAAGGGCUUUUCAUAAUGAGGCUCAAGUUAACCCAGAACGUAAAAAUCUAAAAUGGAUUGGUCUUGAUUUGAUCAAUGGUAAGCCAAGAGACAAGAAGCAAGCAGGAGUGUUUGAACCAACCAUAGUUAAAGUAAAGAGCUUGAAAUUUGCAACAGAAGCAGUGAUUACUAUUCUUCGAAUUGAUGAUCUGAUUAAAUUACACCCAGAAAGUAAAGAUGAUAAACAUGGAGGUUAUGAAGAUGCUGUUCAUUCUGGAGCCCUUGAUGACUGAUGUGAUUUCCCUUUUAUUUGUAACAAUUUUAGAUGCAAUGUUUUGUGCCUAGUAUUUAUUACACAUUAAA